AUGCCUGCUGCUACUACUACUUCAUCUAAGAGGAAGGUAGUGGAAUCUACUCCUAUUAGUAUUCAUGAUAUACCUGAUAGACCUACACGUCCUCUAACACUAACCCCCAGAUACGACUUUUAUGAGGCUAAGAGGAAGGAUCUACUUAAUGCUGUAAAGCUGGCUAGAGAUAAGAUAAUGCUAGUAGCAGCAGCAGAGUAG